AUGCUCCAGAAUUAUGUGAACAACGAUUCCAUCGUGGUGAUAGAAAGUACGGUCGCGGUUGGGAUGACGAGGGAGUUCCUUGGACCGCUGGCUGCGUCGCGCGGUAUCCUUGCCGGAAUGUCACCAGAGAGGAUUGACCCUGGCCGAGUUGAACCUCCCCCUAGAUCAAUUCCCAAAGUCGUCUCUGGACUUGACGACAUCGUUCCAGGCUCGCUGAAUGCUAUCACACGAUUGUACGAGACAGUGUUCGACACCGUCAUACCAGUCAGCAAACCCGAGGUCGCAGAAAUGUCAAAGCUGUACGAGAACUGUCAAAGGACCAUAGCCAUCGCCUACGCGAACGAGAUGGCAGACGCCUGCCAGGCUUUGGAAAUCGAUCCUUUCGAGGUGGCACACACCGCCGCAAGCAAGCCCUUUGGAUAUCUACCUAUGUAUCCCUCAUUAGGCAUUGGCGGUCAUUGUAUACCCAUAAAUCCGAUUUACUUCAUGUCAACUUGCAAUCUUCCACUCCUCCAGCAAGCUCAUGAACGGACCAUGUCACGUCCUUCGCGCAUCGCCAGCCAGCUUCUUAUCUCGUUACUGGAAGACACCCAGCGCAAGCACGGUGCGACACAUCGACCCAGUCUUCUCGUAGUCGGAGUCGGAUUUAAGUCUGGACAGUCGGAUCUAUCCAAUUCGCCCGGAUUGCAAUUACUCAAUUACAUGCGCCAGUCUGGCGAAGUGGACCUGAUGUUCUGCGAUCCCUUGGUAAACCAGGAGGACAUACCCGAGGUGCCGAAACUGGAAGAAAGCUCAUGGAAACCGGACGUGUUGAGGACAUUUGACGCGAUUGUCGUAGCUGCGAAACAACCCGGCCUUGAUUACAAUGUUCUAGAUACCCUGUCAGAUGUCAGUCAGCCGGAUAUUCAGUCCACCAUGAGUAAUGCACUGGGUGCUUUCCACCCACUUUACUACUAUCCGCUGGGCAACGGUUACCACAUGUCUGAUUCGAAUCAUCUUGGCGUUCCGAUAUGCCUCGAAGAGUUCGGACUAGCAUGUGAUGGCUCUAAAUGGCCACCGGGAUUUAACACGUCAGCUACUCCAAGGCCAAGGCUUGGAGAUGUUCCGUAUGGGAAGAAGUUCAGAAGUUGCACAGUAGAGGAUACACUUGCGCUUACGUACGACGAUGGCCCUUCACAAUGGACUCCUGAUUUGCUUGACAUACUGAAGGAGCAUGAUGCCAAGGCAACCUUUUUCGUCUCAGGCGUCAAGCUGUAUGACGACUUGGUCAAUCAUCGCAGCGAAAAGACCCCUGCAAUUAUAAGAAGAAUGUACAAUGAAGGACACCAGAUUGCGGGACAUACUUGGUCUCACCCAGACAUGGACCAGCUGGAUUCACAGCAGCGGAGACAUGAGCUGAUAAAAGGAGAGAUCGGGUUCGUCGACAUCUUGGGAUUUUUCCCGACGUACAUGCGUCCACCAUACAACAUUUGCGGGGCCGAAUGCCAGACCGACGUCGGAGAGCUCGGAUAUCAUGUGACUUCGAAUGAUAUUGAGGGCCGAGAUUGGGCAGGUAACUUUACCUUCUCCGAAGAACAUUUUAUGGCAAAAAUUACGAGUAAGGGUAACCGUCAGGGAGUCCGCGCCUGGAUGGGCUUAGCGCAUGAUACUCACCAUCAAUCCGUGCAUCGCUGGACGCCAUUCAUGAUUAAAAACGCGAAGGAGCGUGGGUUCAAGCUGGUAACAGCGGGCGAGUGCUUGAACGACCCAGAAGAGAAUUGGUAUCGGGAUCCUUUGACGGGUGAAGCGGUUCGUGAUCUGCCUCCCAAAGUGAGCACAUACCUACAAAAGAAGGCCGGCAAAGCGAACAAAACCCGUGCGCGAACCGACUCAGCCCCGCCCGUGACCAACCCAGGGCCCCUCACACCUACCGAUGAAGCCUACGAUAUCUCGAGGCUCGAGGCACGGAUUCUCAGGGCCCUAGAGAAGCUCACGCAUGAUCUUAGUCAGCUGCGCAGUGGAGGAAAGAUGAAUCCGGAUAUCGUGGAGAGCUUGAAGGUGCAACUAGGCACGGCAGGACACGGCAAAGAGAGUGUGAGACUGGGAGAUAUCGCACAAGUCGUCCCGAGAGGGAGAGUGCUGAACGUCAUUUGCGGAGAAGAAGCGCACAUCAAGCCUAUCAGCACCGCCAUCGCAGCUUCACCGCACUCGCUCACGCCCCUUACACCCGAGUCCGCCAACCCUCUCACGAUCCAAGUCCCGCUACCACCUCCAACAGGGGAAUCACGUCGCAUGGCCGUGACGGAAGCCGUCAAAGCCUCGGAGCGCGCAGACAAAGACAUUCAAAAGGAGCGACAGGACCACAACAAGAGGUUGAGGAAAUUUGAGCUCAACCGCGAAGUGCUGCCAGAUGAUCUUCAAAAGGCGAAGAAGAAGAUGGAAGAGGUGGUGAAGAACGGACACGAAGAGGUUAAGCGCAUCAGUGACGGCGCGAAGAGGGUGCUUGAGACUAUGGCGACUGCCGUAAAGCCAGAAGACACCGGUACGGUCCAGCUUGACAAAGCCGACGAGAGGAAGGGUCCUACGAUCACAACGAAAUACUUGCCAUCAACUGAAGACGUCGAGAUCACCCGUCUGCCUACGGAAGAUGAUCUUCAGCUGCUAACCAGCAGUGGACCAAAAUCGACGUUUCAUGUCUACGACAAGCACGGGUGUCACAAGUGUAUCUCACCAAUCCUUGACCCUGUGCUAGAACAGCGUUCUGGUCCUACCGUUAAGCAGCAGAAAGCGAAACAUAAGGAGCGGAAGGAACGUCAAGACGCCGGUCUUCCUCGUGUCGAACCAGACAACAAUGCCUUCUUCCUACACCGACCGUAUCUUGCCUUCCAUGUGCCGCCCCGUGUUCUUUACAUGGGCAACAGCAAGCGCAUGACACAACCUGCUGUUCUAAUACACGAGGGCUGUUGGUGGAAGGAGUAUAAGCUUCAGCUACUCCCAUCUAUACCCGACAUAAUCGACCCACGUGGGGUAGUUGGAUGGCGACACAAUGGAGGUGGCAAGAAAGCGCUCAAGCUUGACGAUCACAAUUUCAAAGGCUAUAAAGUCCGAACAUGGAGACUGUGGGGUGAGACGGGUAAAGACUACGUACACUCUGUAAAAGCCAUACGCCAAACUGGCGACGGUACGGAUCCUGAUGUGGCUAAAGACUCCAGCGUCAAGUCGGGAGAGCCUGCGUUGGCCAACGAGGUAGUGUACCUGCGGUGGACCAAUCCUCUAUCCCGUCACACAAGAUGCUACCAAUUCCACUAUGCAGGUAUCGACUUCUUCUGGAAAGGAACAGGUUCUGUCCAGGAAUCUCGAACCUGUGGGCUCAUGUUGCGUUUCAAUCACUUGAAGCUAGUAGCCAAGUUACCAGUCCUCGAAGAGAAGGGAGAAACACAAGUCGAGGUAUGUUUAGGAACGUACACGUCAUCCAUUGCAGCUAGGAAAAAUGGUACUCUAGAGUUCUUUGACACCGCUAUCUUGCGGUUGGUUGACGAAUUCGCGCCAUCCAUCCUAGCUCGGCCAGAAGAAGAACGUGAAGAGGAAGAUGCAGUGAGGAUUUCUCGGAUGAAGAGAAGCACGCUUUAUCAAGUAUUCGUCGCUACUGCCAUGUGCAUGAUCAAGAGCGAAAAGGAAAAGAGACACACUUUGCUGGAUCUGAUACUUGCCGGUAUUACUGAGGGUGGUGGUGCGGAUGACGGAAAACAUGAGGAAGAAGGCACCAGGGAAAGAGUGAAGGAGUCAGGAGUAGAAGCUGAGAAGGAGGAAGGCGCGUUCACGCGACGAAUGCGUAAUAUGAGCGAAGAAGCGUUGGAAUCUGGAGGCCAUGGCGCUAUCAAGGCUGUCGAGGAGGCAGGAUUUAGUGCAGACCUCAAGGCACAACUCGAACAGCGCAUCGCAUCCGCAAACCUCAGAUCUUCCGAAGCAGAGCUGCCCGACUACGCCUCUCGCCACACGCGCGACCUUGCCACAACCGAAGCGUGGACUGGCACCGAGUCUCUCCACGAUGCUAGCCUGCGCAUGCUGAACGAUGCCCAUAAGCCGUUGCGACUAGGGAGACCACCGAAAAUGCCCGGCGUGCCGAUACCGCAGUCGAUUGAUACCGGACAUGGUCGGAGCAAAGAGGGUCGUGGCUUGCGAUUAGCCAAUGCACGCGACAGGAGUACCGUAUAUGCGACAAUCAAAGACGACGAAAACAUGGAAGCUUUCGACCGGGAGAAGCGCCUGCAGGAGCUCAAAGAUCGCUUCGAACCGCAUGCGCGUGCCAUCGUUCCUGGGUCCAUCCAAGGACUUGCCUCUCUUGCGAACAAAAGGAUCGAAGAUGCAAUUGCUCGUGGCCAGUUCAAGAACAUAGCUCGUGGAAAGACGGCAAACGUGGAGCGAGACUACAAUGCAUCGAGCCCUUUCAUCGAUACGACCGAGUACUUCAUGAACAAGAUUAUACAAAAGCAGGAAAUUGUGCCGCCGUGGAUCGAGAAGCAACAAGAGCUCACAUCGACAGCAAGCAAGUUCAGGAGUCGUUUACGGGCGGACUGGAAGAGACAUGCUGCGCGUGUGAUAGCCAGUAAGGGCGGAUCACUGCUGGACCAAAUCAAAAGAGCAGAAGCGUUUGCCAAGGCAGAGCUCAUUGCGAAUCCUCUGAAAAGGAAACAAGAGACGCUUACCACUGUGGACGAUGAUGGGAAUAUGUCACAGAUUACGUUAUCGGGAGGGCUGAAGGUGAAUCCAGCAGGCGAAGGGUCGAACGGAGAGCCCGUGGUCACGGAAGAGGUUGUAGCGAAGAUGGUCACCCUCGAUGCGUCGCCAGAAGCUGUAGCGCAGGACCCAGGAGCAGCCACUGUAGCAGAUACGACUACGCAAACCAUGGAAGUGCCUGUCCCCACGCCUGAGCCGGAAGUGCCACCUGCACCUUAUCCCUUCCGUGACCCUGAUUGGGAACGCAUUGAAGGUAGCUACUGGACGGUCGCUAUCAAAGACCUCAACGACAAGGCGCGCAGCUACAAUCUCCUAGCACCUGAGCUAGCGAAAAGACCUUACUUCAAUCUGCAACGCGAGCUGAACUCCUGCUUCGCCGAUGUCGCGCCUCAGCUUGCCGGGGCCAUCCUCGAGCGUGCGCGGAAACCACCUAAAAAAGUAGAUAGCUGGCAGAGCUCAAGUCAGAAGAGCGUGCUGGACAACAUCAUUGGAGGACCAGUUCGCGUGCGAGACGAACGUCGCGAGAAACAAUACGGAUUCAGGCAGUUUUGGAAAGAUCUCUGGGCCGACAAGUCAAGCAAUCCGUAUUGA